UCUCCGACCAUGCCUUGCACUUCGAAACGUCGGGGCAGCGAGAAAAAGAAGCGCGUAAAAAUGGCCUAUCUACGGGCCUUUGUGGAAACGAAAAUGUUCUCGAAAUCGGAAAAGAACUUGGAAAAAGUAGGACUCGAUACAAACUCUGCCAAUGGCAAGGAUCCACUGCAACAUGCAGUAAGCCGAUAGCUAUCACUAAAUUUAUAGCAAUACCCUUUUUUGUCAAAUGCCAUUAGCGCACGUUCAUUGGUUAUGCGUUUGAAGGCUGUAGUAGCCGAGUGGGAACAGUUCUUGAUUGUUAGAAACUUUAUGUGCUACCCUCGCACUUAGCUCACACACUUUUGCAUAUUCCUUUUGAUGUCUGAUUUGGCACGUAGGCAGAUCAUACGAUAAUGCAGUUAAACUGAGGAGCGAUCGCGAAAGCUUUUAUCACCGUUACAGCUAGGUCUAUAAAAGGAGCGGGCGACCGCGUGCGACAGUCUUCAGUUCAGAUUGGAAGCGAAAAGACGUACUUCGUCAAGAAGAUUAAACAGUGUAAAAACGAAGUCUAAAGUUAAAAUAAGUAAUAAAAAUAAUAGAAAGCGUAUUGAAGCAGACGUGCGAGUGGAAAAGUAUUGUAAAAUCUAAGUAGUGAAAGAUAUUGAAACAGCCUCGUGGCAGGGCUGCUGCCGCAAGCGCUGGUCCGCUUUUCACCAAUCUCUUGGUGCAUAUAUAUUUGCUCGGAGACAAGGGUAGUAAAUCUACUCCAAGGAGAUUUCGGAACCGUGCUCCAGUGCCACAUUCGAGACUGCUCGUUGAUGAUCAUCAAAUAUGUCUGGCGUUAAGUGACUUAUAUAAAUGGAUACCAAAGUCUCAAGUUUAUUCAGAUCCACAAGAAGUUAUGACUUAAAAUCUGUGUUGCGUAGUGUAAUUGAUUAUUUAUUCUCCUUUGUGCUACCUUCGUCGCUCUUAUUGAGAGAAUGGGAAUUAGAAUUGACAAAGAGUAAAGCGCACGAACAAGCUAAAAGAUAAAAGCAACUACAAUUAGUAAAACAGAAGCCAUCUGAACGAAAUUCGAAGCACGCAUCCAUACAUACAUCACAUUAAACUUAAAUUUUUGACAUUGCGAUCAGCGGAUGUCUACCUAAUCUAUUCCCAUUGAUCGAAGCUAAAGUAAAUUUAAGCAACUAAACAAACAUGAAAAAAAAAUGUAUUAUAUUGAAUUAAAAAUUAGUCGAUAGAUAUUAGAGUUAAGCAGCAGUAGUAAUAUUCCUUUUGACCUAUGAAUAUAUUUGGCAAGGGUAAGGUUGUGACAUUUAUAUGCACGUCAAUAUUUAUAUAUAUACUUACAAUUAACUUUCUUUGUACAAAGGCAACAAUGAUACCCAUACAAUAAUACACCUACAGACACCCACCAACAUCUACGUCAUAUUGGGCCCAAGUGCACGCAACGAUGGAAGUAUGAGAAUAUCAUCGUAGCCUCGACACGGGCGAGAAGAAACUGUCACGAUCUGCCUCAAUGAUCACUCGAGAGCCAGCCAGUAAUCUCAUCAAGGGAAAGUCUAUGCCCAGCUUAAGCUGUCUGCUUGAUAGCGGAUAUUACAGAUACGUAGAUCCGCCGAAGUUCUCAAGACCACCACAGGCCACGUGUCCGCGAUCCACAGCUUUCUGUCCACGCAAUCCUAUCAUCACAGUUACAGAGCAUUCGCCCACUCCAUCGCCGGAUUAUAUGAAGCGACAGGGCUCCAUUGAUUCACAGUUGGAUGCACUUAGCAAUGGUGGUAGCAUUGCUGGCGCUGGUGGUAAUAGCAGCGCUGGCGGUGGCAGCAGUACCGCUCGCUUUCGCAGGCCCAUGCUGCGCUCGCACACGGACUCCCACAUUGACUAUACGGGCGUGGAUGAGUCGGAGGCGCCAGGCUCCUCCUUCUAUAUUUUAUUUAUUAUUUUUUUAUUUAUUUAGUAGUGGUCGACAAAACGAGGGUCUUCCUAAUUAUUCAAUACAUUAUAUUUACAAUUAUGAAAUUUAGAUGCUAAAAGCCUAGAUAGAGAAAACAAAUUUCAAAUAGCCUCACCGACCGAUGGAGGUGUUUUAUUUGCCAGUCCGGCCAGCUGUGCCCCUUUUCACAGCUAAUUUUGUCAGUGACGCUAUUAGAGCCUACAUCUAAGAAGAAGGGUGUAAGUAGGAAAAAGUGCUCUUAAGUAAAAUUAAAAAUAAUCUUAAUUUGCUAUAUUAUUUAAGAAUAUAUCAUAAAUAGGAGAAAAGAAAGUAAAAAGAUUGUUAAUAAAGUAAAGAACUGUAUGCUAGAUAUACAGAGUGUUAAGUAGAUAGGAUAAGGAGAUAGUAUUGGGAAAGUAAUGGGAAAUCACCGACCCGGUGGGGGAAAAUUUACAGCCUGUCCGGCAAGCUAUGCCCCUGCUCAUAGCUGGGAAUGGUCAGUGACUUCCCGAAGGUAUCCUGAA